GGCAGCGUACCGAGGAGAUGGCGGCUACAAGGCGAAAUUCAAACAAAUAUUUAACAGUUGUAUUGUAAUAUUUUUUCACAAAAAUAUGGGAUUGGAAUUGGAUUUGAUUCUUUCAUGCUUGGAGCGUACGUAUGCUGCUUCUAUUGAUGGUCGAUACUGGUUGAUUAUUUUUGGACCAAUGGAUCACAGCAAACACUGCCCAAGACACACGACGGACUGGUUGUCGACAACGUUAUGUAGAGAGCGGUGUGGUAGUUUGUUGUGGGCAGUAUUUCCUGUGCAACUCAUCCUGACGAUGUUCCGCAACGCUUUUCAGCAUAGAUUCGUGACAGUUUUCUCGAGCGCCGGAAGCAAACCAUUGGCCAUCUGGGAUGUGCACACGAAAAACGGCCACUCGCGGCGGGUAACCGAUGAAGAUAUCCGCUCCCUGGCCUUCGAACUGAUCGGGGUGAAUGUUGCGACCACGUACAUGGUAGCACCGUGCGCACCAUGUCCCUCGCUUUCGAUUAAGCUCCCAUUUCUGGUGAUGUUGGUUAAAAAUAUGAAAAAGUUCUUUUGCUUCGAGGUUCAGAUCCUGGAUGACAGACAAUCGCUACGUCGGCUACGCUUUUCCAACUAUCAGAGUGGAACGCGCGUGGAUAAUUUCAGCUCCUGCAUGCCCUUAUCGUUGACCUGCAAUUGGAACCAUGUGCAGUUGAAUUUGGCCGAGUUUAUCAGGCGUGCGUACGGUACCAAUUACGUCGAAACGGUUCGGCUGCAGAUACAUGCAAAUGUGCGCAUUAAGCGUAUCUAUUUCUGCGAUCAGCUGUACACGAACGAUGAAACACCGACUGAGCUGCGACUUUUUCCACCGGUGCGUCCCAACCGGAUGGUGCAGCUGAAGGCACAGCAGAAGCCGGCCGCAAUCCCUCACGAACCGAUCGAAACGGUACGGCCUCCGACCCCGGUGAAUGCGGCGGACAUUUCGAACAUGUUGGAAAACGAACUGGCCCCUGCCCAGUGCGCUGUUGGAACGGACGGUUAAAUUUGGUCGUUGAUUGGUGGAUGGAAGAAGUUUUUUUUUACGAUAGAAUUAUACAGUUUUGUACAUGAUGGUUAUCGCGUUAAAAUUGUUCGUAUAACGAUUGCAGAAGGAGAUACAGAGAUGGCGAAAAUGUAA